AUGCCAGUGUCCGAUUUACGAGCUCUUGUGAAGCAGGAGCGUCAUGCGUGGAUUACUAUGGAGAACAUUGAGGAGUUCUUGGAAACGUAUGACGAAGUGCGUGAUAAGUGCGUAGUGCAGUUUCGCAUGCAGAAACUUGACGAAGUGUACGACAAGUAUUAUGAAGUGCGAGUACAAAUUGAGGUUCAAACCGACGAUCUGGAUAUACAGGAUGCAGCUAAGGAUGAAUCCGGUGAAAGUAGACCGCAGGACAUGGCUGAGGCUCGGAAGAGGGAGAACGAAGAAAUCUUUAAGGAGUUUGAGAAUAAAUACUUCAGACUGAAGCAGCAGUUAUUUUCGAAGACGGUCGGAAACGCUGGAGAUGUGUCGGGACGGCAAACGGUAGGCGAAGCGUGUCAGCCGUCACGGAUAAAGUAUCCAGAGCUGAGGCUGCUCACUUUCUCUGGCAAGCUUUCUGAAUGGAUCAACUUCCGGGACAAUUUCAAGUCAUUGAUCCAUGACAACAAUCAGUUGAAUUGCAUUGACAAGUUAAACUAUCUUCGAACGUCAUUGAAGGAUGAAGCUCAACUCCAGAUCAACCAAAUCCAGAUCAGCUCUGCAAACUAUGCCCUUGCUUGGGCCACUCUGGAGGCCAAAUACGAGAAUCACAAGCUGAUUGCUCAAGAACACUUGAGAGCCAUUUUCGCGGUUGCUCCGAUGAAGGUGGAAGGCUAUCAGGGAUUGAAUCAUCUCCUAACGACAUUUAGGGUUAAUUUGCAGCAGCUGGAGAAGCUAGGAGAGAUUACCGACAACUGGGGUACGCUACUCGCGUUCAUGCUUUCUCAGAAGCUUGAUGACGAUACGAUGCGACACUGGGAAACGCACCACAGUUCGAAGGACAUUCCAUCGUACAAGCCCAUGGUGGAGUUCCUGGAAAAACACUGUGCUAUUCUUCAGUCCACGUCAGCGCGAAGGAGCAUCGAGUUCAAGAGGCCGGUUAAGAGUCAAGUGGUUCAUGCUGCAGUGUCAUCUGAUGCGAUUUGCCAAGUCUGCAACGGUGGAUCGCAUUCCAUUGAGCAGUGUAGACGCUUCGGGAAAAUGAAGGUCAUCGAUAGGAAGAUGAUCGUGCGGAAGCUUGGAUUGUGUCUGCAGUGUCUGCAAUCUGGACACUUUGUCAUGGAUUGUUCGAGGUCUGCUUGUGGCAAAUGUGGAGGAAAUCAUCAUUAUAUGCUCCAUCCAUACGUCGCUCCGGUGAGCCAGGAGCAAACUUCAAGCCAUCCCUCCUCCCAAGUCCAAACGAAGAGACCUCAAGUCGCGAACCCACCGUCACAGCACUCAUAUCAGGCCCAAACCCGGAACAAUUCACACAACAACCCACAGCCUACACAAACACCAAGUACAUCUUCGCAGUAUGCACGCUUGAUACCUCCCACCAAUACUCCUACAAUACACCACACUGCUACAACAUCCGAAACACACCAUCAGUCAAGCAUUGCGCUUCUGUCUACCGCUAUCGUGAAACUUGGUGAUCGUCACGGAAACACCGUAUUUGCGCGCGCUUUGCUGGACAACGCACAGUGUGCAAAUUCGAGCCAAAAAACGGACGCAAUUCAACCACGAUAUGUACAUACCGUGGUUGAAUUGCGUCCGUUUUUUGGCUCGAUUUUGCACACUGUGAACGGUUCACAGAUCUGUAUUAUGUCCGAGUCGUUGUCUCAGAAGUUGAAGUUCCAGCGAGAUCGAGAAAAUUUGCCUGUGAAAGGUGUGGGUGGUUGUUCGUCUGUCAGCAAGCAAGCAGUGUUAGCUACAAUUUCUUCGUGCAAUUCGUCGUACGUGUCGUGUGAACUGAAGUUCUAUGUGCUGUCGAAGAUUACGUCGAACCUGCCGCAGCAAAGCUUCGAUAUUUCCUCGUGUCAUUUACCGGAGGGAAUUUCUCUGGCGGAUCCAAACUUCAACGAGUCUGGGGCGGUUGACGUGAUUUUGGGUGCGGUUAUCUUCUACGACCUCCUGUUGGACUCACAGCGAAAGCUCCCUGGUUCGGGAUUGAUUCUUCGGAACACACAGCUGGGAUGGAUUGUUGCCGGAAGUAUUCCAGAUGCCUCUGUGGUCAGCUACAACACGGUAGCCUCUGCGCCUGUGACUACGGAAGAACUCCGUGAGGAACUAGCGAGGUUCUGGGAGCUGGAAUCAUGUCGCACGAAGAGCUGUCUGUCCAUCGAGGAGUCUGCAUGCGAAGCUAUUUUUAAGGAGACAACUACCAGAGAUUCAGAUGGCAAAUUUCGAGUAACGCUGCCGAAGAGAAAGAACAUGAUCGAGAAGUUGGGAAAAUCGAAGCUGAUAGCGAAGAAACGUUUCCUGUCAAUGGAGAAACAGUUGGACGCCAACACAGAAAUGAAGGCGCUAUACACAGCUUUCAUGCACGAAUACUUGCAAAUGGGUCACAUGCAAGAAGUCGUAAACGGCAGCGAAGAUGAAGUUUCUACUCAGGAAUAUUAUAUCCCGCACCACGCAGUGCUGAAGCCCGACAGCACGACUACAAAACUAAGAGUAGUUUUCGAUGCAUCCUGCGCUACUGAUUCUGACGCGGAGAAAAUGUACCGGAUGGUAUGGCAAAGCGAGCAGGAUCAGCAGCUGCACAAAAUAUUCUGGAGAGAUACGUCCCAGGAGCCAUUGCGGACGUUUAAGCUCACCACUGUGACGUAUGGUACGUCAUCAGCACCCUACCUGGCUACUCGGUGCCUAAACCAGUGUGCCGAAGAAGGAGCGGAUCGCUAUCCCGUUGGAUCUAGGGUGGUCAAACGGAGCUUCUAUGUGGACGACAUGCUAGCAGGAUCGCAUACAAUCGAAGAAGGCAUUCUACUGUGCAAGGAAGUUCUGGAGCUUCUGAAGGGGUCAGGAUUCAACCUGAGAAAGUGGAAUUCCAACAAUUCGCAGAUUUUGAGAACGAUUCCUUCCCAUCUGAGAGACGAUCGUGAACUUCUGGAUUUGGACGAGAAGACAACUGUCAAGACGCUGGGCAUUACCUGGGAGCCGGCUACCGACACGCUAUGGAUCAAAGUUCCUGAUUUGAGGCCAAGUGGGCCAAUCACGCACCGUGUGGUGCUAUCAGAGAUAGCUCGUUUGUUUGAUCCAUAUGGGUUAGUUGGUCCGGUGGUGGUCCAGGGGAAAAUAUUCCUUCAAGAGUUGUGGAAGGGAAAAUACUCGUGGGAUGAGCCACUCAGCGAAGAACUUCAGUCACGAUGGUUGGAGUUCAGAACCAAUCUUCGAGAGUUGGACACGGUAUCUGUUCCUCGGUGGAUCGGUUUAGGUAAAGACAUUAUCUCGUGCGAGUUCCAUGGAUUCAGCGAUGCAAGCGAUAAGGCGUACGGUGCAGCGGUUUAUUUGCGCUGCAUGGACCGAAACGGAAAUAUUACCGUCAACCUGCUGAUGGCAAAAUCUAAGAUUGCGCCAUUGGAGGAUCUCAGCAGAAGAAAGAAAAGGCAGUCCACGCCCAGGCUGGAGUUAUCUGCAGCGCUACUGUUGGCGCACUUGUACGAAUCUGUCUCAACCAGCAUGGCGAUUAAAUCGAAGUCAUUCUUCUGGACUGAUUCUACAAUUGUCAAAUGCUGGAUUUCCUCACACCCGUCAAGAUGGCAAGCUUUCGUGGCCAACCGUGUAUCGGAGAUACAGCACACCACAAAGGAUGGUGCUUGGAACCAUGUUCCGGGGAUCGAGAAUCCUGCGGAUAUAAUAUCGAGAGGAGCAACUCCAGCUCAAAUAGCGGACAGUUCCCUGUGGUGGACUGGUCCAGAUUGGUUGAAAAUGGAUACACAGUAUUGGCCAGUAAGCACGCUGGCUCCAGAACAGCAAUUCGAUUCGGUGACCCUGGAGGAAAGACCGCUACUGUCAGCCGUUCUUCAGAUUCUGCCUCCGAAUGAAAUCUUCACGUUGCGAUCGACUCUGCUGAAUACUAUACGCAUAACUGCUUGGAUCCGUCGGUUCUCGUUCAACUGCAAACCACGAAACAAAUUUCAGCGAAGGUGCGGCAUCAUAACAGCCGCCGAACACGAAGCAGCAUUACUAGUUUUGGUGCAACUCGCCCAAUCGGAAUGCUUUCCGCUAGAAUUGUCUGAUCUUGCGUCAAAAAAUGAAGUCAGAACAACAUCGAAGCUCCGAAACCAUAACCCGAUAAUGGUUGAUGGGACACUAUGCGUUGGCGGCCGGCUUGGAAAUGCUCCAGUUUCGCGAGGGCGCAGACACCCGAUUAUCCUGGAUAGCCGCCAUCCUUUAACGAAGCUAAUUGUAAUCGACUACCAUCACCGACUGCUCCAUGGAGGGCCUCAGUUGAUGAUAUCCUGCAUACGGGAAAGAUUUUGGCCACUGAGUGUGAAAAACUUGGCCAAAAGGGUGACGCAUGAAUGCGUCUGUGAAAUGUUACCUCUGCGUGUUCGUUUGCAUGGCGUGCAAAGCCGUACACAUCGAGGUAGUUAUGGACCUAACUACAGAAGCAUUCCUUGUCGCUCUGAGAAGAUUCGUCGCCAGACGUGGGAAGCCAAUCGAAAUCUACUGCGACAAUGCGACAAAUUUCGUUGGAGCACGGAGGCAGCUGAGUGA